AUGGCAUCUUUCACCAAGCUCAUCGCCCUCUUCAGCCUGGCAGCAGCCUUUGGCGCGGGUAAUCCAACCUCGAACACUUUGGCUGGUCGGGAGGCAACGAAGCUGGACAUCACUACCAAGGAUGGACAGGACUUUGCUCUCGUUCCGGUCGAAGGAAACUAUGGCAAGGAUGUCACCAUCCACCUCGGCCCCCUCCCAGAGGAGUUGCCCGAAGUUCACAAGCGCGAGGACGCCAGCGUCGAUGCUGUGGCUUACAACCCAGCCUACAUCUACGCGUAUAAAGGCGGCUACCCCUACGCCAAUUAG